CCCCGGCCCUUGCUUUGAAGUAUCGUUCCCCCUCCUUUUUUUCGGAGUUGUUUCUCUUCUUACUGUCAUCUUGCGUCAAUUCCCUCUUCUACUGUACGCUAGAUAACAAAAGAACAACAUGGAGGUCCGAAAUCGAGCUGGCAACAGCAAUAGCCAGCCUGUGGAGGCCACGGGCCAUCACCAAGUACACGAUGCCGCGACUCUCGAACGAAUGGGGCACAAACAGGAGCUGCAGCGCAAUUUCUCCAUGCUGUCGAUGCUGGGUCUUGCCUUCGCCAUCCUAAACACAUGGACCGCUCUGGCCGCCUCUAUUCCCGUCGCCAUCUCGUCAGGCGGCCCUAGCGCCAUCAUCUGGGGCCUCAUUGUCGCAGGCAUUUGCAACCUGUGUCUCGCUGCGUCGCUAGCAGAAUUCCUCUCGGCGUAUCCCACGGCUGGCGGCCAGUACCAUUGGGCGGCGCUCGUAAGCCCUCGAGGCCUGAGUCGCGGCAUCAGCUACGUCACCGGCUGGAUCAAUGUUGCCGGAUGGGUGGCUUUGAGCGCCACGGCGCCGCUGCUGGCUAGCCAGUUCAUCAUUGGCACGGUCCAUCUGAUGCACCCGGAGUACGAGGACAAGGCCUGGCACCAGUUCCUCAUUUACUUUGCCAUCACGCUUAUUGCGCUGUUGAUCAAUCGAUUCCUGACCGAAGCGUUACCGUACUUUACAAAGGCUGCCUUUAUAUGGUCAAUUAUAGGAUUCGUCGUCAUCAGCAUCACCGUCUUGGCCUGCGCGUCGCCCAACUAUCAAUCUGGAAAGUUUGUAUACACCGAGGUGGUAAAUACGACGGGAUGGCCUACUGGCGUCGCCUGGAUGCUUGGCUUGCUGCAAGGCGCAUUUGCUCUCACAGGCUUCGAUGCUGUUGCUCACAUGAUUGAGGAGAUUCCCCGGCCACACAUCCAAGGACCCAGGAUCAUGUUGUACUGCAUCGGAAUCGGUAUGGUGACGGGUUUCAUCUUCCUAAGCGCUCUCUUGUUUGCUGUCAAAGACAUUGACGCAGUUCAGAAUGCUGCACAUGGCCCAAUUCUCGAAAUCUUCUACGAGGCCACAAACAACAAGGCCGGCAGCGUGUGUCUCAUCAUGUUUCCACUCCUCUGUAUGAUCUUCACCUCGACUACCCUAGUCUGCACUAGUAGCCGCAUGAGCUAUGCGUUUGCGAGAGACAAGGGUAUGCCGUUUAGCAGCUUCUUUGCGAAAAUCGAUCCCAAGCUCAACCUCCCCUUCAAUGCGGUGCUGUGGACUGUAGCCUGGAUGAUUGUGUUUGGUCUCAUUCUGCUUGGAUCUUCAAGUGCCUUUAGCGCCAUCACCGCUGCUUCUGUGGUGGCUCUUGGAGUCACAUAUGCUAUCCCUCCUGCCAUCAACGUCUGCCGGGGCCGCAGGGCGCUCCCAGCAAACCGAUCUUUCAAAAUCCCCGAGCCCUUUGGUUGGAUCUUGAACAUUGUCGGCAUUGCGUGGUCUGUUCUGACAACCGUGCUUUUUGUCUUCCCUCCCGAGCUACCCGUUAACGGCACGAACAUGAACUACUGUGUUGUUGCGUUUUUAGUCAUGGUCCUUGUCGCUGGCGGAACAUGGGUUUUUGGUGGCAACAAAAAGUAUGCUGGGCCGUACAUUGAGAUUGAAGGCGUUCACAGCGACAAUGUGGUUGGAUUAAAUCCCGUGCAGUCGCGGUUGAAGGCUGGAGAGGAGCAUUUUGAGAAUCAGCCGGUGACUGUAGUUUAGAUAACUAUACUAAUUGGACAUAAGCAGUGCUAUUUAAAAUCAUGAUAUAUAAAGAUAUGCUAGACGCUUUACGUCAAUAUGCCUAUGCGCCACCACGGCCAUUGGCGGCAUCGUACAGAGACUGGAUAUCAUCCUUCCACUGCUUCUCGUCGGGUCGAAGCAGGCGGCGAUCAUAGGUGAGGAGACCAUUUACCUCGCCUUCAACGUCAGUAGUCUGUGUCCAGACAGCACCCGAACAGGCAUAGCGCUCAACUUGUUCGCGAAGCUCGCGGAACAGGACACCAGCACGGUAGUUGUAGGUGGGGAGGUCGGCGUUGAGCUCGUAUGUUUGAUCGAUUUGGUCGAUGGCUUGCUGAACAUUCCAGAGG